AUGGGAUGUCCUCAAGGCUCCGUGCUGGGCCCAACACUGUGGAAUAUGCUGAUGGAUGACCUGCUCCGACUCCCUCUGCCCGAGGGAGUAGCCAUGACUGCCUAUGCCGAUGAUGUUACAAUCUUGAUUGAAUCGGGAACGAGAGCGGGUAUCGAAUCCAGGGCCAGAGUCACUCUGGACCUUGUACGGGAGUGGGGGCUAAGGAAUCGACUGGAGUUUUCCUCCUCAAAGUCGACCACCAUGACUGUUAGAGGGAAACUUCAGCCCCCCCCCCCCCCCGUUAUUAAACUUGGUGGGGAAUCUAUUAAGACUGUGACUAACGUUAAGGUAUUAGGCGUGGUUUUAGACUCGGGACUGUCGUUUGUGCAACAUGCAUCCGAUAUCUCUGAAAGAGCGACCAAGGGAUUCGGCAAGAUGUCUCGCGUAUCUACAUCAUCAUGGGGUGUACGAUAUCCGAGUUUAAAAUUAAUUCAUAGAGGAGUAUUUGUGUCCACGCUUACGUAUGCGGCAGAGUGCUGGCUGACGGGGUGUAAGUACGCGUGCAUCGGGUGCCCGUGGCGCGGGCCGGCGCACGAGGCGGGCUCGCACGAGGCGCAGUGCGCGCACCCCGCCAAGUCCGCCGCGGACCUGAUGGCGCUGCUGGCCGACCGCGAGCGACAAGCGCGCGACUCCACCGCCGUCUACGAGCAGAUCAUGGACCUGCUCUCCUACGAGAAGAUCACCUUCAACGAUUUACAGCUCAGGCCGUACCGCACUGAAGAGUUUGUGCACAAGCUCUACUACGAGACGUCUCGCUUCUCCGCGUUCGGCCACCAGUGGGUGGUUAAGGCGUACGUGAAUAAGAAUCAGCGUGACCCCACGCAGAGCGCCCAGCGAGAGAUCACUUACCAACUGAUUCUUAAAAGCAAGACUUCGGCGCCGCUGAGUGUGCAGUGGGUGUGCACGCGUGGCCCAUGGGGCGAAGUGCGGUUCGCAGCGCGCGUGGCGGCGCACAGCUUCCGCGACGACGCGACCGACGCGCCGCCGCUGCCGCUGCCGCUCGCAGAGCCGCGUGACGCCAACCGCCUGCUGGCAACCAAGCCGCUGCACUGCAGGCUCAUCAUGUUCCUGUCUUCAAAGUGA